AUGCUCCUCAACGCCACAAUUCCUCUGUCGGUCGACUUUGACAGUCCGGAGGACUUCCUCAUUUUCAUCUUCCACAUCCUGUUCGCCACCAGCUCCGCGCUCCUGGCCAGCUCGGUGGUCAUCGGGAUCUCCUCCACGCGCUCUCUGAGAGGCCAGAACCGGUUCAUCUUCAUGCUGAACACGAGCAUCAGUGACACUCUGACCGGAUUCUCGGCCUACUACCUCGGCCUCUUCGACGUCCAAGAGGGCUAUCCCUCAAGAAACGGGACUUUCUACAUUUUACCCUCCUUUCUAGGUGUUAAUGUGCUGACCUUCCUCUUUGCUCAGUUUGAUCGAUACUUUGCUGUGUGUCAUCCUUUCUUUUAUAAUCGCUACAUAACGAGGUCUGUGGUGAUCGGGAUCUGUGCGUUCUGCUGGAUUUACACAUAUACGAUACUCACCGUGCAGAACAUGGUGCCUAUUUCAAAAGCAGCUCAAAUAAACGCGUUUGGUGUGAUGACUCUGCAGAUUAUAGUUCUUAUUAAAGUGUUGAUGACGAUUAAAUUAUACAUCAUAGCCAGGAGUCACCUGGGGAGAGAGGCGCCUAGUGCGGAGAGAGACAACAAGAAGGAGUCUUUGCGCAUUAUUGUGUUUGUGGUUAUUUGCUUCUUGGCUCUGUGGUGUCCGUCCUUUGUAAACAUCAUAGUCAGACAGCUGACCAGGAAAGGGCUGAGAUUUAAAAAUGAGGCCACCAACCUGUUUGCCAUCAUGGCUCGUCUGAACGCGCUGGUCACCCCGGCUUUGUACAUCUGGGGAAGCCCGUCACUGCGCGAGGCCGUGUGGAGGAGCGUGUGGAGGAGGGUGUGUCCCUGGAGGAGGGCCAGGUGA